GAGUCCGCGCUGUGUGACUGCGAAACGAAUUAGCAGAUUGCCGAGGAAUCGUAAUAAGUGCGUGUAUAGCCGCACGAGUGCGAGCGAGACGGAGACUGACUGCUCCGUUUCUGUCUCACUCGUUCUCUACUCCGGCAGCAGCAGCGAAUAUUAGUCAUAUCGCAUCAGUCGUCGUUCGAACGUCGCAGCAGCAGUGCGUGCGUGUCGUCGUGUGUGCGUUCGCACUUUGCGUGAAGUGCGUUGAUUAAUGUUUGAUACGAGUGCGACGAUAAUCUAAACGAGAAGGAGCUUUUUGUAUAGAGUCGUAAUUAAAGUGCACGACGAUAUUGCUCGAGUCUGACAACAAAGGCAGGCACACUGCGACCGAGAGACAGACAGCAGUAGCAGCAGCACACACUUGACUUUUGUACACACAGAUGACGUGAAAUACAUUAUUGUAACGUGCUGCAGAUGUAUGGAGCUUUAAGACGACGUUCUUACAUAGCAUGACGAAAAGACAAUAACAAAUAUACUAAUUAUAACAAUACCAACAGCGUGUCGUCGUCGUUGCUGAAUGUGUAAUUCGUUCUCGACAACGUGAAAAGUUCGACUUCGGUUGUAGUAGUGCUGGUGGUGGUGGUGUCAAGUCAAUACAUAUAUGUGCAAGUGGUGAAUAAUACCCCCCCGUACCCAAUCUCGGGAUGACGAGAAUGGCCAGUGGUUUGUUGCGGCUGUCGGCCCUCCUGCUGACCGUCGCGGCAGGUUGUCACGGGGCUGCCACCGACAUCGAGCUCGACGUCAAGGCCCAGGAUCUGCACAGGCUCGACAGUCUCAACUUGCUGGUCUACACGUUCCUGCUGACCGCCACGGUGCUGACAGUUUGGACUUUCAAGCACCGCAGGCUCAGGUUCCUGCACGAGACUGGCCUGGCUGUCAUUUAUGGCCUGAUCAUCGGGGCGAUCCUGCGCCAGCUGCCGUCCAACAUCAAGAUCGAGCAGCUGCAGGUGGUGCCCCAGCAGACCUUCAACAAGUCCAUACCGCCGGACAUGCUGCUGCUGAAUCUGGCCACGGACGAGCUGGCGAACAACGCCACGCAGAGCAUCACCUCGAACAAGACCUUCGCCUACGCCUUCCGGGGCGAGAUCACCAAGAACAGCGAGAUCGAUAAGAAGGUAGAUCUUUUAUACUCGUACGCGGCCAAGAAGGCCACCUUCGAUCCAGAAAUAUUCUUCAACAUCAUCCUGCCGCCGAUUAUUUUCCACGCUGGAUACAGCUUGAAGAGGAAAUACUUCUUCAGGAAUCUCGGUGCCAUACUGAUGUACGCGCUCGUCGGCACGACCGUCUCGUCUUUCGUCAUCGGGACACUGAUGUACGUGUUCGUGAAGCUGCUGCCGCCGGAGAUCUCGACGGCCUUCACGUUCCUCGACACGCUGUACUUCGGCGCGCUGAUCUCGCCCACCGAUCCGCUGACCAUCAUAUCGAUCUUCAACGAUCUGCACGUGGACGUGAAUCUCUACGCCCUCGUGUUCGGCGAGAGCGUGCUCAACGACGCGGUGGCCAUCGUCCUCAGCGGAGCCAUCCAGAACUACGGGGAGCGUUACGCGACGCCGGGCGGCUCGAGCUUCGAGGUCACCGCCUUCUUCAAGGCGCUGGGCGACUUCGUCAGCAUAUUCAGCCUGUCGCUGCUGAUCGGGGCCAGUAUGGGCUGCAUCACGGCCCUGCUCACCAAGUUCACCCACGUGCGGGACUUUCCGCUGCUCGAGUCGGCCCUGUUCGUGCUCAUGUCCUACAGCACGUUCCUCAUCGCCGAGGCCGCCGAUCUCACGGGCGUCGUCGCUGUACUUUUCUGUGGAAUAUGCCAAGCUCACUACACCUACAAUAAUCUGAGCUCCGAUUCUCGACAGAGGACGAAGCAGCUCUUCGAGCUGCUCAACUUCUUGGCCGAAAACUUCAUAUUUUGUUACAUCGGCGUGUCGAUGUUCACCUUCCGCAAGCACAACUUCAACUUCAUUCUGAUAUUCUCGGGAUUCUUCUGCGCUCUACUCGGCAGAGCGGCCAACGUCUAUCCGCUGUCCUUCCUUCUGAAUCUAGGUCGCAAGCCAAAGAUCCCGAUGAACUUCCAGCACAUGCUGUUCUUCGCCGGUCUCAGGGGCGCCAUGAGCUUCGCCCUGGCCAUCAGGAACACCGUGUCCGUGGCGCGUCAGUCCAUGCUCACGGCAACCAGUCUCAUUGUCAUAAUGACGGUCAUUUUUCAGGGCGGCGCCGCGUCCCAACUGCUCAACUGGUUCAACAUACCGGUUGGCGUCGACGAAGAGCACGAGGCGUUGUCUCACAACGGCGUUCGAGGCGUAUAUAACUCCAUGGAUACAGCUGGGUCUGGUGGCGAAGGUGGCUUUGGUGAACUGGACAUGCAUCGAGAAAGAAGUCCUCCGUAUAAUUCCAUACAGGACGGCUCGGCGGCGAGCUUGCCGAGCACCGUGCCCGCCGCGCCGCCUACCAAGUCCAACGAGAAGGCCCUGCUGGCCCGGAUCUGGGGCAACUUCGACUCGCGCUACAUGAAGCCGCUGCUGACGCACUCGAGGCCGACCCUCCUCGAGACUCUGCCCGUCUGCUGCAUGCCCAUCGCGAGGAUACUCACGACCACCCAGCAAAUGACGCAGGAUGAUCAGGGACACAAGGUCGACUCGGACUCGGAGCUGGGCAUGGACGACGAUUACGACAGGCGACGGGGCGGCGGUGGCCUCCGCCACCAUCAACCGGUGAGUUAUCAUCAGCCUAAUCUCAACUAUACGAUUAAUCCGUGCUACCAACCUAACAACGGAGCCACGGACAGCAGCACCAUUAACGCCGCUACCAAUGCCGCUACCACCGCCACUAAUCGCGACGAGCCCUACGUCAUUCUCAGCCUUAACAAUCGGCGAUAGUAAAGCACCACAGAUGCGGAUGUUUUGCUCUCGCCUACACAUAAUAAAAAAAAAGCUUUCUAAAAAUUAUUACUAUACUUGGACGAUCGACGAGUUGCGAAUUGUGAUGGAAUUAAUCCUAAACUAACAGCUUGACAAACCUUGAAUGCCCACACACCAUUUGGUUUCGGUGACAUCGAUCGAUUUUGAUUUUAUGGGGACUUUGUAAAUUAAUUCAUUGGCAAUUUUUCCUUGUAGCACGAAAUUAAUCGACUAAUAUAUUCUAUUGUAAAUAUCGCCAAGUUGUUAACUGUUUGGUUUUUCAAUAUUAUGGGAGUGUGUGUGGUGUGUGUAUGUGUGCGCAUGCUCCUGUAUAAAUAAAUAAGUGAAAUAUAUUAUUCGAUGUAAUCGGAGUUGGACACCACGCGUGCCUACGAAUAUAUUACAUUACUAUGUAAACGUUUACGACGUUUUUCGUUCGAUUUUUUCGACGCUCUGUAAUUGCUCCGAUCGAUCGUGUCCAACUUCGAACUUGACCGAUUCUUCGACUCGUAACCCGUUGAAAGGAUACACAAUGAGAUAAUCUAUAUAUCUUUUAUAAAGAAAAAAAAGUGUUUGUCGUUGAACGCAAAAUGCCAAAGAAAAAAACUCUCGUGAUAUAUCCGAAUUUGUACAAGCGUUUGCUGUCGCUUAACGUAGCCUUGAAUGGAAAAAAUAGGGAUGAUUAGCAGCGAGGUGAUACAACUUUUGAAUGGCAGCGUGAAUGGCACUUAGAUAAUUAAAUAAAAUGGACAAAACGGUUGAAACAGUCAGAUUAAUUCAGCAUUUUGUUCGUUUAACAACGAUCGAAGCGGAAGAAAAAAAACUGUGAUGAAGUACAUAACUAAUAUGUAUAAUGUAUAUUAUAUAAUGCAUAGUUAACGAAGAACCAAACUUUAUAUUAAAAAAAGAGGUAUAGACACGUAUUUUUUUUCUUUUUUGUUAACCAAUGUCUAUAAUAUAAAGUCGCAUGCAAAGAAUUCCAAAUAGAACACAAUUAUACGAUACGUUGAUCAUUACCAAAGUCGUAAAAGAAAAGUUACCUCGUUGCCUUUGCUCACAAAUCAUUAUACACUAACUGAAUGAUGAGCGGCGACAUGGCGGAUGCUUGUAAAAAUAUUUCUAAUCGAUCGAGUUCCUUUUGUUACUUUUUAAUGGUCUAAUACUAUAAUAAAUGAUAAGGAUGCUUGUUUUUGUGUGUGCGUUUGCAUUAACGAGUGAUUAUUUUUUUUUAAUUCCUUAUCGUCCGAAAAUUAUGCUUAAAGUUUAACCGGAAAUAAGUUUCUUAUCAAUGAAAGGCUUUCAAUAUUUUUUGGGAUACGCUUAUUGUUAUGUCUAUUUUUUUUUCUCCAAUAUAAAAUCAUUCAAAAACAUGUAAACCUGAUGAAAUUCUUUUUGUAGAAUUUAACAGACGACGAAGAAGAUCGAAAAUUUCUCGCAACCAAUGGGUAUAUUCCUCUGCGAACUUUUUGAUGCGAGAUCGAAUUAAUUUUUUAUUUUACUUAAUAACGACGAAGAUUCUUACGACCGCUGCGACGAUUUGUUUUCUUUGAAACACACUUAAAAAAGAGUUCCUACGCUCUAUAUAAUUUGCGUCUCGCUGCAACCUCUGUGCAUUUAUUAUACAAUAACAGCGUUACCAUACGUUAAGCAUAAUUUUCCAUUUGUUUUGCGCCGUUUAUACCAAAAAUACACUUUAAUGGCGCUCAUUAAUUGACUAGUUCACCUGUUACUUAUGUUUCUAAUUUAAGAUAGCGAUCACAAAGUUCCAAUCAUUAAUCUUAACGUGAAGAUAUUAACGCCAUUUUUUUUGUUAACAUUAUAGCAAAAGUAUAAUUUAUCAAUGUUAUUUCAUAGUAUAUCGUUGAUUACAACAACUUUUUUGUUACUUAUGUGCGAAUAGAGCGAUACGGAAGGGCUUGUGAAUGAAAACUCAGUGGAUCCUUUCCUAAGCUGGACUUGAUGUUGCGUGUACGCAUCUGUGUUACACCAACAGUAUACAUGUUACUAGAGUUUGUAUAUGAUUUAGCGAUACGAAGUUGACGCUUUCAUCGCAGAUUCAUGCGAUUAUGUGAUUUUUAGUUUGCUUCGGCAAUUUUGAGUUCUUAUGAUUGAUUCGCGUUGUUCAAUCGAGAAAGAUUUAAAUGACUAGACUUAAGUUUGUACAGUUACAACGCUGAAUUUAUUAUAUUUUAGUUUGCUAAUGAGAGAAAAUCUAAUUUUGUUUUGAAAAAGAGUGUGAAAAAUAAAAUAAUUUAUUUUUGAAUUUAGUUAACAAUUUACUUAACAUUAGCCUUAACAAUUAAUAGAUUAGCCCAUCAGCUUGUUUUUUCUUUAAUCUUUUUUAAUUUUUAAUUCUGAACCUUUUUGUAGUUCGUAGUGUAAUUAUUUAAUCAAUGCUUUAUUUAAUUUGCACUACUCACUAACGUUGCCAGCGAUAAUUUUCUCAACAAAUUUUUUAAAAUCAUAAGAUUUGAUUUUUAUUUGUAAUCGUUAUCUUUUCACAGACACACUUAAGAGGCAUCUCUAAUCGAUCGAACGUAUAAAGUCAAGAUUAUCCGUUCCACAGUGUUAAUGAAUUUUAAUAUGUCUUGAUUGAAAAUUGCAGAUGGGCGUGUUGUGCUAGUUUCAUGUUGUGUUUGAUACUUUAUUCCAUUAUUUUGCUUCGAAUGUGGAAUGUGAAGUCACUUAGCGUCACGGACAAUAUGUUGGUUAGUCAGAAUAUUUUGUAAUGUUGAGUUGUUGUAAGAGUACAAUGUAGUAUGUAUCAUAGAUAAUGAUAAAAGGCAUUUUCUUGGCCAUCCCCGUCUCGUAUAGAGGUCGAUCAGUAUUUUUUGCAUACUGUUACCGAUUACAUUAAUGUGAAAAUUACAUAUGAAAACAUUAACAUAAUGCUAGCUUUAAAUUGGUCAUAUGAUUGUCGAUUUUACUUUUUCACACUUUAUAUAUCAGCCAAAAAUUCGAAGUUAAAAACCAAUUAAGCAUAAUUGGGUAGCUUUUGGGACAAUAAAAUUUGUAAUCACAAAAAAAAAGUUAUAUCUUAAAUUUGUAAAGUUAACAAUUUACAAAGCAUAAUAAUUUUGUAUGUGUAAUUCAGUCAGCUCAAAAACUGAGGGUUUUUGGCUCGAUUUGUGAAUUAUUGCUCCAUAUAAUUGACUUUAUCAAGUAAAGUCAAAAAUCAUGAUUAUUAAUUUUAUUUUUUACAGUCUUGAAGAUUAUUUGUGCAAUUUCAAUGCUGUCAAAAUUAGUAAAUAAAUUAAAACUUUGCCAUAUUUAUAAGUAGUAAAAAAACGAAAGAUUUUUCAUAAAUUUCCAUUCAGAUUGUUUCUUGAGCAUGUAUAUGGAUAAAAUGGAAGUAUAUUAUCAAUGGUGAGUGAAGUUAGGUAUGUCACGUUUUGAAAGAAAAAGCGAUACAAACAUGAAAGUAAUAUUUACGAAAGAAAAUGAGCAGCUUCCAAUGAAAGUUGGGUUGUUUAAUUUUGUUGUAAGAUGAAUAUUAAUAUUUACAUAGAGUCGCUUUAUUUUUGUUUAUGUAACUAUGUAUAAAUGAAUAUAUUUAUGUAUCUAUAGAGUGAGUGAUAUAGAAUUGUUUAAAAGAAUGGGCUAUGCAAGUCAUGGAUGAAGUUAAUAAAUGUAAAGAAUAUUAAUUAAAUUUAGAAAGAAAUUGGUCAGAAUCUUUUUAAAAGAAACUUGUAUUUUGAAAAAUUUUAUUACUUUUUCUAACAAGUAAAUUAAAAUACUUACUUUACUUAUAGUGUUUCUAUAGCUGUAAUGACAAGCUAUUUGAUGGUUGUUAAAAUAAUGAUACUUUUUUGUGAUAUGUUUGGCGGUGUUUAAUAAAAUCUUUUUCAAAACAA